CUUCUGAUUGGCUGAUUGACGAGAAGGUAAAGGUCAGCGCUGUUCCACGCUCAACACUGAACGUUUGUGGACGAGAGGAACAACAAACAUGAAGGUCGACUUGCACACACACAUCUUGCCAGAGGUCUGGCCCGAUCUCAAAGAGAGGUACGGCUAUGGAGGAUUUGUUCAGCUGUUUCAUACAUCGCAAGGGCAUGGUCGAAUGAUGAAGGAUGGAAAACUGUUUCGUGAGGUGGAACAAAACUGUUGGUCACCUGAGACACGGAUUAACGAGAUGGAUGCUACAGGUGUGUCUGUUCAAGUGUUAUCAACAGUUCCUGUCAUGUUCAACUACUGGGCACAACCUAAAGAUACAUUGGAUCUGAGUCAAAUCCUUAAUAACCACAUAGCAGAUGUUGUCCGAAAAUAUCCUAAACGCUUUAUUGGCCUCGGUACAUUGCCAAUGCAGGCACCAGAACUUGCCAUAGAAGAGAUGAAAAGGUGCAAAUACGAACUAGGUCUUCCUGGUGUUCAAAUUGGUUCACACAUCAAUGAUUGGAAUCUGGAUGCUCAAGAACUGCUGCCUGUAUUUGCUGCAGCAGAACAGCAUAAUUGCUGCCUAUUUAUUCAUCCUUGGGAUAUGGAAGCAAAUUGCCGCAUGAAAAAGUAUUGGUUACCAUGGCUAGUUGGAAUGCCAGCUGAGACAACUACAGCCAUUUGCUCUUUGCUGUUUGGUGGUGUACUGGAAAGGUUUCCAAAACUCAAACUUUGCUUUGCCCACGGAGGUGGAGCAUUUCCUUUUACGUUAGGACGCAUUGAGCAUGGCUUUAACGUAAGGCCUGAUUUGUGUGCUGUUGACAACAGCAUUGGUCCACGAAAAUACUUAGGUCAGUUCUACACAGACAGCCUGGUACAUGACCCAAGGGCACUACAGCUGCUUGUGGAUGUCAUUGGAAUGGACAAAGUCAUUUUGGGCAGUGACUAUCCAUUUCCUCUGGGGGAACAUCAUCCAGGAAAACUUAUUGAGUCCAUGGACAUGUUUCGCCAGGCAGAAAGGGAUAAACUGCUUGCACAGAAUGCUUUUGACUUCCUGGGACUGGACAGAGCAAACUAUGAACUUCCAUCUUCUAAUGAAGCCUGCAGUUCUGAUGAUGCCUAGAUCUACUGCCUGCUUAUUGUCUUAUUUACUUGAGUUGGUAUGGGUGUUGCUACAAAGAUGCCAUCAUAUUUGUAUUCAUUGCCACACAAGUCUGUUAUAUUUGAUUUGAGAAAGUGCCUCUAAACUUAUCUAUAAUUCUUUUUUUUUUUUUUUGGUAUGUGUUAAAUACUUUAUAUGAAUGAUUUUCUCAUUUUUAUGAUUAGUGGUUUUGCAUUGAUAAAAAUUACAGAGAACAACUUCACAGACAGGUAACAAAGGCUUCAUGAUUGUUUUACAGUUAUGGUUGCAGGCAUUGAAUCUUCUGUUCCCGGUGACUUUUUUCAUUCUCUUCUUGGUUGUCUCUAUAUUUUGAUGGUUUGAUAUUUAAAAUUUUUUUGUCAUUCUCAAAUGGGCAGGUUUUUGGUCCUUCCUUUCCACCAAGCGAAUAUUCCCCCCCCCCCCCUUUCUCACCAGCCUAAGGGUUCUUUUGAUGCCACCUUGUUGGUAGUAAGAGAUUUUGAGCCAGAAGUUUGACAUCACUGACUUGCAUAAUUCACACUCCAUAACUCUCAUCCACGGACCCUUCACAUGUUUCCUGCUGUUUGUUGGUGUUGAAAUACCAUCCAGUGGGUGUACAAAAGGAAUUGACCAUUACAGGAGCUUGCAAGAAUUUUUAAGACUUCCCUUCCCACUUCCAUGUUUAUUUCACAGAUUCUGUUCUUCACUAAUGAGAGAAUUUAAACCUAAACUUCUACAAGGGUAAUGAAGUAGAGAAUAACUGUUGCCAUCUUAUGUCUCACUCAACCUCAGUAAAUUUCCGUUCAGGGAGAAAAAAGGGAGUGGGCUGCUAGGCUCUUCACAUCUGCAACAAUCAUCAAUCUCAGAAGACAGACCGAGAUCAUCAGUGUGCAUACUUAGCCGUUCUGUAAAUAAUAUCUAAUACUCUAAAUAUUCUCUAAUAGUUUCUUCACAUCUUACGGGUGAAAUGCUAGUGAUGAGGCAAAUGACAUGUGAUAUUGGUUCAUCACUGGGUUCAAAAGGAUCAGCAGAAAUGCUAACCGGCCAGUGUGGUAUGCUCAGUCCAUUUCAUACCCUAAGGAGCGAAAAGACUGAUUACAGCUGGGAAACACUUUCAUAUAGGAUGCAAACCUGUUUAUUUAAUGGUCUCUGAAGAAAAUUGUAUAUAUUUGAAGAGAGAUCAUGCCUGUGUUUGCAGUAGUAGUUCCACUCAGCACAUUCUUUUGCUAUUGUUAUGAUAGCAAUUUCUGGAUUUGAUAGAAAUUAGUACUUCAGUAAACUAGUGAUCUCAGCUCAUUUUUUGGAAAAUGAUUUAGCUGCAAAAAAAAAAAAAAAAAAGUGAUGGUUGUUGGAUUUUCUUUGAUGCCAGUUUCAGUUUAUGAUAUUUUCUCAUUCCAUUCAGCUAUAAAUAUUAAAAUUGUAAAUAGAUCUCUGUGAUCAGUGUGUGUGUUUAGAUGGGGGAGAGAUGCAUGCAUUUAGAUACACACUCACGUUCUUUUUGUUUACAACUGUGAAUGUGUACAUGAUUGCAUUUCUUUCUGUGCUUAAGAAAGUAAAGUAAUUACUUAUGCAUGUGUGGCAUACGCAAACUUCAUAAAAAGAUUUUCCAAGAUAUUUUUCCAAAAGCUGUAUUGGCCUUAUGAGAGAUGUCUUUAUUGAUUUAGUGGGGUACACAAUUUUGUUCUUAACGUUUGUGUAUGGCUUAAUACAUAAUAAUAUUUUCCUAAAUUUUUGUUAUUACCCCACCAAUACCUUGAGUUACAUGGCACCAUGCAUCACAAGCAGAAAGAGGCCAACAACACCAACAUCAGUAUUGCAUGGAUCUUAAAUUAUACAAUUUUCUGUGAAAAUUAUUCUCAUUUCAUGUUGGUUUAAUCAUACUUUUACAGUUUCUUAGUCUUGACAAAUCACAAAUCCAGCUAUUUAGAGCUUUUUCUAUUUGUCCGAAGAAAAAGUUACAUUAACUCUUUACAGUUCAGAGUUUCAUACUUAACUGCUGAGUAAAUGGUUUUUCAACUACAAAUGUCAGAUCUAACAACCUUUCCCAUAAUGCUAGUCCUUUUUCACACCCUUCCUUUUGCAAUGUCAUGUUACUAUCAGUUCUUGUUACUUGGAUUUUGUGUAUUCUGUCUUUGAUUUUAUUCUUCGUUUAGUACGGUUGUUGAUUUUUUUAUAGUUCAUAUGCUAUUUGUUUUCCUGUCCCUCAUAUGCUGUUCAUGUUUCGUUCUCGCACGCUCCUUAGGGGUGUGAGUAUGCACUUGAGAAAUUUUGCAUUUAGUAUUGCUUAGCUGGAAAUAGUUAAAUGAUGGGGAAGAACACCUUCAGAAAGAGACUUCUUGUCAUUUUUUCUGGCAAAUGUAAUAUUUUAUACCCUGACACCUUAUUCCUUGUUCAGCUGAAAAGUGUGAAAGAGACAGUGCCUUGUUGGUGUAUGUACUACAGAAAGCUGUUACUUUAGAUACUAUUUGUAAACAUCAAGUCUAUAUCUUAUAUGCAUCUUUCUUUUACUUUGUUCUAUAUAAACAUUACCUAAGGUCAUUUAAACAACAAUCUGCAUCUGGCAACAUAUCAAAUGGCUCGGCAAUUAAACAGCUUUUUUGAAGGAACUCUAUCCGUAAGGACAUUUUUGCAAUGUCUCCUUUUUUCAGAGGAGAAAUAAUACAUAUCAUUAUUUAUGCAGUGUGAAAAAUUAAAAUUGGUAUAAAACUUGUA